AGAAAACAACCGCUCCGACGAGAGAGAGAGCGAGAAACCGACAAUUCGAGGGUUUUGGUAGGGUUUUAGAUAUAGAUAGGUAGAUAGAUAGAUAGAGAUAGAGAGAGGAGGAAUUUGGGUUUGGGGUGGAUAUGGGUUCUCUGAAGAAGGGAGGAGGAGGAGGAGAAGAAGAAGAGCCGAUUCUGAUGGAGAAUUCUCAGAGAUUUUGCAUGUUUCCAAUCAGAUACAAGCAGUUGUGGGAAAUGUACAAGAAGGCUGAAGCCAGCUUUUGGACUGCUGAGGAGGUUGAUCUUUCACAUGAUAUUCAGCAUUGGGAAGCUCUUUCUGGUUCCGAGAGGCACUUUAUAAGUCAUAUAUUGGCAUUUUUUGCUGCAUCUGAUGGUAUUGUUUUGGAAAAUUUGGCUGCAAGAUUUUUGAAAGAUGUUCAAAUACCAGAGGCUCGAGCAUUCUAUGGUUUUCAGAUUGCCAUGGAGAAUAUUCAUUCAGAGAUGUAUAGCUUACUUUUAGAGACAUAUAUCAAGGAUACAAAGGAGAAGCAAAGGUUGUUCAAUGCUGUAGAAAACAUUCCUUGUAUUGCUAGAAAGGCCAAGUGGGCACUGAAGUGGAUUGAGAGACAAAAGCCUAGUGGAGAUUUUUUCAUUUUUAUCUACAUGAUUUACUUUGUGAUUGAUGGAGUUCUUAUGUGGAUUAGUGUGCUUAUGUUAAGUUCUACUUCAUUUGCAGAGAGACUAGUGGCCUUCUCUUGUGUCGAGGGAAUCUUUUUCUCUGGAAGCUUCUGUGCCAUUUUUUGGCUGAAAAAGAGGGGUCUAAUGCCGGGAUUGACAUAUUCAAAUGAAUUAAUUUCAAGAGACGAGGGCCUCCAUUGCGAUUUCGCUUGCCUUUUGUACAGCUUGUUACAGCAGCCGUUGAACUGGCAAAGGGUGCACCAAAUCAUGCACGACGCUGUAGAAAUAGAAAUUGAGUUCGUUUGUGAAGCUCUUUCAUGCGCAUUGAUCGGCAUGAAUUCAGCUCUUAUGAGCCAGUACAUAAAGUUUGUUGCAGAUCGUCUGCUGGUUGCUUUGGGGUGCCCGAAGAAGUAUAAUGUGGAGAACCCAUUUGACUGGAUGGAAUUCAUUUCCUUGCAAGGAAAAGCCAACUUUUUUGAGAGAAGGGUGGGCGAAUAUCAGAAGGCUUCGGUUAUGUCUAGCUUGCAGGAUGGGACCCAGAAUUAUGUGUUCAAGCUGGAUGAAGAUUUCUAGCUCACAGGUAUUUCAAGACACUAUGGAGGUUUAGCUAGAUCAGCAUGCACUUCUUACCUGCGGACACAACUGCCAACCUGGCACUUACAUCGCACAUCUGAUCCUGUAUCAUGUAGGAUCCACGGAUAAGAUUUUCUGGCUGAGAGCUUGUGUUGUUUACUAUCAGGUAGGCCACAAACGUCAGAAAUCAGUGGGUGAUGCAUAAAAAUUUGCAAGCAUUUUUUUUUUUUAUGGCUAACCAUUUCUUUCAUACACGCAUGGCCUUGUUGACAGUUGACAGGGCUGGGUUUUCAACCGAUGAUCUACGCACUGUCCCACUUGAUAAAUGGCUCAGAUGUCCUACAUGCAUGCCAAGUAUGGUUAUGAAAAAAAAAGAAGUAUGGGUAUGAAAGUGCAUGCAGGGCUAGCAAACUCCUUAAAGCUAUUGAUGGAUGAUAUGCAAAAGCAUCCAAAUUUUGUAUUUAUUUUGAGGAAUUUCCCUUGUUUUCAUUCCUCACCAUUUGCUGUUGUAACCCAACAUUUUUCAGAGACAACAAUCCUCUGAGCCCUUCUCGAUAUUUAUAUAUCUAUACAUCUAUACCAUAUAAAAAGGCAAAAAUUGGAAA